CCCAAAAAAGCCUUUCAUUGCCCCUGUCACCUAUCGACCUCUUCCUGCUGUCAUCAGUAUUGUCGCGAUGACAACAAAAGAAACCUAUGCUAUGCCGAACGAUGAACAAUACGAAAUGCCUACAGAACAGGCUGUUGCUAAGAAACCGGAUUCGGCAUUAAAGAGUUUCCUCUCGGGAGGCGUCGGCGGAAUCUGCGUUGUGGUCGUGGGUCACCCUUUGGAUCUCAUUAAGGUUCGCAUGCAGACAGGUGGCAUUGCUGGAGCCAGUGGUUCAGUUCUUGGUAUUUUUGCCAACACAUUCCGCUCGGAAGGAAUGCGUGGCCUGUAUCGAGGUGUUUCGGCUCCUUUGCUGGCCGUGAGCCCCAUUUUCGCCAUUUCAUUCUGGGGCUACGAUAUAGGGCAACGCCUCGUCCAGUACGUCCAGCCGAGUCCCGGAGAUCUCUCGCUCACGCAAAAAUGUGUUGCUGGGGGUCUAAGCGCAAUUCCAACAACGGCGAUAAUGGCUCCGUCGGAACGUAUCAAAUGUCUGUUGCAGACCAAUGGCGAUAAAUACAAAGGCAUGAAGGAUUGCGCCACUGCGAUUUAUCGAGAAGGAGGAUUCGCUAGCUUGUUCCGGGGAACGGGAGCUACACUAUUGCGAGAUGUCCCGGGAUCCAUGGCGUGGUUUGGCACGUACGAGGCCGUCAAGAUGGGAAUGAUGAAAGCUCAGGGAAUCGAGGACACGUCCCAACUUUCUCCAUCGGCAGUACUUACGGCGGGAGGGCUAGCUGGUAUGGCCUGCUGGGUCAUCUCUAUUCCUGCGGAUGUUUUGAAAUCACGUUACCAGACAGCUCCCGAGGGCAUGUACCGUGGCUUAGGCGACGUGUACAAGAAACUAAUGGCAGAAGAAGGGGCGGGUGCAUUGUUCACCGGAAUUCGCCCCGCUUUGAUCCGCGCUUUCCCAGCCAACGCUGCGUGUUUCUUCGGAAUGGAAGUAGCCAGAAAGGUGUUUUCAUUCAUGGACUAGGAUUUGCGGAAAAGUGCUGUAAGCGAAAAGCGGGUUUGUAAUAGAUGAGGUUUACCGUGUAUUC